UUUUCUAUAUUCGAACGGUAGCAUGUGACCCAGACGUUUUUAAUCCAUUCCAAAGUAAAUAAGUUGCAUGACUAUAUUCCCCAUUAUAUAAUUAAUGGUACUAACCGUCUACAACCCAUUUAUCAGCUGUUGUUUAGAAUUUACAACUUUAUAAUAUAAAUAAGGAUGACACUGGAAGAAGAUGGUAACAUUAGUGGUGUGACACCAUUAGAACUAGAGUUACCUCCCUUAGAAAAACCCAUGAUCCAUCCAUGUGUUGAUCCGCCUCUGUGUCAGAGAUGUCAGAGACAAGAGUUAUCUUUCUUUGAUCCAGGAUGUUCAGACUGUCGUGAUAUUUUAUUGAAUCCUAACACCACAGUCCCAGAAAUAUUUGCCAUUUUACGGCAAUGGACACCGCAGACACAACACAAUAUAGAACUUCUUGUGAACGAGAUAUUAAAAAGAGGGGCUAAUAUAAACGAUCGAGAUGGUUUGACAGAUAUGACAUUGUUACACUAUGCGAGUAAAGCAGGAGCAGGCGGGAUGGGAGACGCAGAUUUAGCUGCUAAAGUUGUAGCAUUUCUGCUCGGAGAAGGUGCCGAUGUUAAUAUUCGAUGUCGAUGGACCACGAUGACAGCAUUACACUACGCAGCGUAUUUUGACGUUGUUCCCGUUAUAAAAAUACUUCUUAAAGCCACAAAUGCUCUGGACAUUGAUAGUCCAUGUGCUGAGUUUGAACAAGGUACCGUUUUACAUAUCGCCGCUUCCAAUCUGGCACACGAAGCAAUUAAAGUUUUACUACAUAACGGCGCCAAUCCAAGUUUACGGGAUGAUCUCAACAGACUUCCAAUAGAUUGUGUGCCUGAUGCCGGUAGUUUUGACCAGUUGUCUGAUAUGGCGAAAUUAGCAGUUAAAGUGAAGAAAACAUUAUUAGAUGCCACCCCUGUUUCUCCGAAACAACCUCCCCCUAACUAUGAUCUCAUACAAAGUAAAGUCACGUUACAGGCCCUCGGAUUAAAACUUGGUGAUAAAAUAAUCGUGGGUGGAACAAAGACAGGUGUAUUACAAUAUUGUGGACCAACAGAAUUUGCUACAGGUGUAUGGGCAGGUAUUGAGUUGGACGAGGCUGCAGGUAAAAAUGAUGGUGGUAUCGGAGGAAUAUCUUACUUUAAAUGCCCACCUAAUCAUGGUAUCUUCGCUCCAAUUAAUAAAAUCUCUAAACCUGGUGCCAACAUAUCUCGAAACUCAAACGGUUCCCCUCUCCGAUCUCUAAUCAAACCAUCCGUUGUCAAGGUGAAUCACGUGACUGCGAAAAUUGAUACAGGUUUAAGUAAAUCCCGAGCGUCGUCUGUAUCAGAUUUAGGUGAGAUUGACGUGGAAGAAAGAGUUAUUGUUGCUGGACAAAGAAAAGGAACAGUUAAAUUUAUUGGUGAUACAAAAUUUGCAUCAGGUACGUGGUAUGGAAUAGAAUUAGAUCGACCAGCAGGGAAAAAUGAUGGUUCCGUGUCAGGAGUUCGUUAUUUUUCCUGUCAACCAAAACAUGGCGUGUUUGCUCCACUUUCAAGAAUUCAAAAACUGGGAGAUCGGAAGUUUGAUUCUAGUGAAUCAAUCGAUACGAUAAGCUGGGGUGCCGUGUCAGAAAGAUUAGAGCGUAAAUCUUAUGGAUCUUUAAACAGUUCCACUCCCAAAAUAAAAUCACCAAAGACUCCUAAAUCCAGUUUAAGUGGAAUAUCUCGUACACCAGGAUCAAGUCCUAAUUUAAAACUAGAAGUAGGCAUGAGUGUAUUGUGUAAUAAUGAGUUGGGUUUAGUACGAUAUAUUGGACCAACAGAAUUUGGUGAAGGUAAUUGGCUGGGUGUUGAGUUACGUACUGCUAAAGGUAAAAACGAUGGAAGUGUCCAGGGGAAGAGAUAUUUCACAUGUCGACCCGAUCAUGGUCUGUUAGUUCGACCGAGUCGUGUGUCCGUUCGAGGUAUUAACGGUGCCAAGUUAAUGGGUGAGAAUCAAACGGAACGAAAUGGUGAUUCCCCGGACAGAUUCUAAACUCCCAGCAUUCAACUGUAACGGUGGCAUAGCAACGUGGGGGGUGCAAGUUUUUCUCUGGGUUCUGGUUUAUUAUAAUUAAAUACCCAUGUGUCCAUACCAAAAGUGUCUUUACCCCAGGGCCCAGCGGUCCGAACCCUUGCUACGUCAUCAAAUUGUAAAUCUAAGUCCAAACAUUUAUAUCACUUGUCUCGUCUGAUGUCAACAAUAACCAGGUAAACGUGAUUUAUUCUAUAAAUAGAUAAUGAUGUCAUACUUUAUAACUGGUGCGUACACCAUGUUAAUAAUAUUAAAUAGGGGGAGAUAACUGGUUAUUGUACAAACCCUUGUAAUUUCUCAGACAGUGACUGUAACAGACAGCGACUGUGACAGACAGCAGACAGUGAAGUGGAGCUGCAGUGGCAAUAACAGACAACAGACAGUGAUAUAAUGUUUUAUACCAACCUUGUCUCAAAUCAAAAACAUUCUGCAAGUCAUAUCAGUAAUAUUACAUACAUUCUAUAUUUAUUGUUGUUUAUUUAUCAACACCUGUAUUUACACCUGUAUCAACACCAGUAACUACAUAAUAUACUAUUGUUUCAUUAUGGUUCAUGGUUAUCAUGGAAAGUGGUAUCAGGUGGUCCAGUAUAUUUAAGUAUACACUGCAUCAGAUAAAACCAGUAGCUACUGAUGAGUUAAAUAAAGAAUAAAACUCAAAUGCUAAAGGCUGAGGUGGAAUAACUUUCUUUCAUUCUGUCAUCGAUUGAUUUAUUGUGAUAUUGAUAAAAUCAUUUAAUUUAAAACUAGAUAUUUGUAUUCAUCGUGUCAGGUUCAUGCUUUAAAUUGUUGUAAAUAUCUGUGGCCCCCGUUGAUUAGGGUCUAAAUAAAGGGUGUAAUUUGAUUGGCCCUUUGUAAUUUGUUUACCAAUAUGUUAUUUUGGUAAUAGUCUAUCAGUUUGUAUGAUUACAUUAUUUUCCGGUGCUGUAAGCAGACAUUGAUUAGUUGAUAAAAUUCAAUUUGUGUUUUUCACCAAAAUAAAAGAUAAAGUAUCCUUUCAAUAUUCAUGUUUAUAAAUCAAAUUACACAAAAAAUCAUUAAGGCAAUAUUUUAUACAUUUUGAGUUUGGCGAUAGUAAGUGUUUGGUUUAAGAGAAUGUGCCCAGGAUCCCAUGUUUUAAGAGAAUAUACCCUGGAUCCCAUGUUUUACGAGAAUGUGCCCAGAUCCGGUGGUUUAAGAGAAUAUACCCUGGAUCUCGUGUUUUUUUCCAGUUCAGUUACUUAAAGAUGCAUUACAUAAGAUUUAGAUAAAGAGUUGACAGUUAUUACUAUAAUAGUUAAAACAAAAGAUAAUGAAAAGGGAAUAUGGUAAAAAUUUCAGUCCAAUUACUUCACUCUGAGCGGAUUUACCAUCAUUUGCAGAACAGUGUUGUCUGGAUUGUCAUUGCUACCGUUGUUACGAUAAUAAACAAAGUCUUGAUUAUCCAUUAUUUAAUUAAAUCAUUAAAUGCCAAUCAUAUUUAAAUCUGUUGAAAAUUAAAACCAUCUGAAGUUCUAGGAGGUUUGAUUAUGGGCUUGUCGUGUAAAUAAAUGUCUAAUUAAUGAUUUAUAUGACAUUUGAGAGUGAGAGAGAGAGAGAAAUGGGGUUUAAAGUCCACUCGACACAAACUAGGUCAUUUCGGGACUAACAUAUCGUUUAAUUUUAUUUCAAUAAUUCGCUUGCGCAUAGGGGUCUUUAGCAGUGGGAGGAAACCGGAGGACCCGGAGAAAACCCACGAGGUUGGACAGGCGACCCUACGCCUUGUCACGUACAACCGGGGAUUCGAAACCACGCCAGUCGACUCAAUGACAGACUUUAUGAUACAGCGCGCGCACGCUAACCAUUCAGCCAUCCAACCCCCCCACAUUUGAGAGUCUCAAAUUGAGACAGAACGAAAGGUCUGCAUUGGGCAGAUUUAAAUCUUGUUUAAUGCAUCUCUUUAAUGCUAUUGAUUUAGUUUAUCAGUUUAUUUCUGAGUAACAUUUCAACUUGCUUGAUAAAGACUAUAGAAACCUGGUAAAAACAUCGCUCAGUAAUAAACAUUAUUGCUUGAUAGGGACGCUUAGUCAAAACUUCGCUGUGUAAUAAACUUGAUAGAAUUGGGUCAUGUGUAUUUUCAGUUCAAUUAUUAAACAUGCAGGCCUAUUGCAGGCCUUUCUUUGGGCCUUAAAUGUUGUAUAAAUUGUUAAUAGACAUUAAUUAACAUAAACAAGUCCAUAAGUAACUCUUGGUGGCAUCGGAUGCUCGAGAUUUUAACUAGAUUAGAACGGUUCGCCAUUUAAAAAUUUAAUUUAGAAAUGAGAAAGCAAGGCAAAUUCUCGAAUAUACCAGCUCCCUGGUUACCACUGUGCACACAUCUUGUCAAAACUACAAACAAUGAUAACCUGGCUUAGAAUGAAGUAAUUUGAAGGAAAUUUUCAAUAUUUUCAUUUUACAUUAUCUAUUUUUGAGCUAUUAUAGCAAGAGUGAUCAGCUCUUUAUCUGAAUCUUACAUUUAAUAUCUGUAUAUAUAAACCAUUAAACUGUGCUUAAUUACUAAAUAUUAGAAAUAUCGUAUGGACAAAUUAUUCAUUUACAUUAUAAUGGGAAAACAGUCAUUUAUUUGUAAAUUUAUAUGUAAUUGUUUGUUGAUGUCUGUUAAAAUUGUAGAAAGAAGAAACUUGUAUUUUAUGGGUGUUUGAUAAAGUUUAUUAUAUGUUUAAGAAAAGUAAGCUUUUUAAAAGUGCCUUAUAAUUAAAUCAUAUCAUUGGUGCAAAAAGAUGAUCUGAAAUUACUACAAAAUUAUGAAUUAAAUUGUAAAAUAAAUGUGCAUGAAUUUGUAACCAAAUUUACAAAUUAAUUUGCAACAAAUUUAUGAAUGAAUUUGUAUAAAAAGAUUAUCAAUGAAUUUGUCAUUAUGUUGAAAGAUUUUAACAUAAACUUAAUAUUCUAAUUCAUAUUAGAUAUUUUGAUUUUCGUUCAAAUUUCAUGUACCAAAGUAAUAUUUAAUUUUUAUAGCUUUUCUGCUAUUAUUAAAACUUGUUAAUUUGUGAUUUGAUAAAAGUUACUUGUUUCAACUAUAGCGGGUUAGAUCUAAUUAUGAUGCAUAGUGCAGAACCGACUGUAGGGGGAAAUGUUGGUUAGACCUUAUUAUGAUGCAUACUGCGCGACCAACCCCUCCCACCCCCAAAUUAUCUGAACAAAUUGUAAUCCAAAUAAAUCAAAUUUAUAUAUGUGAUAAAUUACCCAGUGACCAAAUUAUUACCGUUAACCAGUUUUAUCGUAUAUUAAGUUUAAUAACCAAUUUUGGUGUGGCUACGCUAGAAGAAUCUUUAUAACCAUAUUAGCAAAAGUCCAGAUCUGUGGUUCUCGACCAUUUUUAGCCAACGGCACACCUUGGAACACAUGAAAAAAUAGCGGCACACCUGGCUAAAUAUAUAUGAAAAAUAAUUGAAUUUUGCAAAAAAAAACCCAAAACAUGGCAAUUCAUAGACGGCAUACAACCGUAGACACAGAGUAGUCAGACACAUAGAAUGAGUUAAACUAAAUAAAGAAAAUCACAGAUUUGAACUUACUUUAUUGCAGUGUUUUGAAUUUCAUCAGUCAAACAGCUGGCUUCUUUAUUGAGAAAUCUUAGAAAGAUCUCGCGGCACACAGGUUGAGAAUCACUGGUCCAGAUCUAUAAGGGAUUAAUUAUUAGCACGCAUGUGUUGAAAUAUUGAGACUAUCUUCUACUAUGCAAUUUGUUUGUUUUGGAAUGUUAUGACUUUAAUGAAUUAUAUAUUUUUGAUUUUCUUCUCCCAAAUCGGAUUACUGAAAUAAACUCAGAGCACUUCUAAUAUUACUUGUGUAGUCUUGAUAAUCCAGCCCUCACUGAUGAAACAAUGCUACUUUAUGUCUGUCGUCGACUAACCCACAGCAAGAUGUUGGGUCACAGAUCAGACGUCUGCUCUUUAGAUUUUCUAGAGGUAUAUUUACGAGACUAGAUGAGUUUACCUGGACUAUUCAACUGGAUAAGCAAGACUUCCUGUUAAUAUCAUCCUUUGUUUGAUAUAAUGAAGGGAAGUGUUCAGACUUCAUCACAAUAUAAACUCUCUUGUUUAAUAAGACCCAGGAUACUUCAUCAUAACAAAACUAUAAUAUUUUAAGAAUACACUGUUUUCAUUGGAUUAGAGUUAAAAUCAUAUAACAGAUAUUAGUUCUUAGCCAAUGGAAAGGCUGCUUUCUUAAGAGAUUUUAGUUUUCAUGAAUACAAGUGUGCAUUUUUGAUAUAACUAUGGCUACUUCAGGUUAAGUUUGUCAGAUCGAAUCUAAUAACUGAAAUAUGGUGUACUUCAGUCAGAUUGAAUCCAAUAAUAACUGAAAUAUGGUGUACUUCAGUCAGAUUGAAGCCAAUAAUAACUGAAAUAUGGUGUACUUCAGUCAGAUUGAAUCCAAUAAUAACUGAAAUAUGGUGUACUUCAGUCAGAUUGAAGCCAAUAAUAACUGAAAUAUGGUGUACUUCAGUCACAUUGAAUCCAAUAAUAACUGAAAUAUGGUGUACUUUAGUCAGAUUGAAUCUAAUAAUAAAUGAAAUAUGAAUUUAAUGAAUGAUAUUCUUGUCUAAUCUUGCCCACAAUAAAUUGAAAUGAUUGUAGAAUUCAGCAUUAGUUUCUCCGUCCAUAUAUAUUAUGCAUAAAAAUAGAUUUGUUUGUAAAAUAGAUGACUACUGUCUACACCACAUGGAUUAUAAAUAAAUUUUUUGUUAAAACUGCAUCCUAGAGAGCAUUUACACUAUGAAAAUUUAACCGUGCGGAGACCACCUCACUUCAGUGGGCCAGAGUAGCACGGUACUCGGUACGACACGCUUAUUUUUGACCCGUUUACACUACCAAAAAAUUAACAAAAAAUUAAAAUUUGCAAUGUAAACGGAGUUAAGUCUGGGUACACAUGCCAGACUUCAUUAGCUCGCUUGAUGUUGAAAAGUAGAAUGUUAAACCCGAUUUCAUUUCCUUUGUUUAUCGCUCAUCCAUAUGGGGUGUUAGAGCGCGAGUCUAACUGGUUUCAUCCCACUGCUAAAGAAGUCUACGUGCAAGUAAAUUAUUGAAAUAAAAUUGAACCAUAUGUUAGUCCCGAAGUGACCUAGUUAUUUGUAAUGUAUGUGGUACAGACCGUAGUUUAUUAAAGAUAUUAUCAUAUGGUUUGGUGUUUAUAUAAUCUGUCAUGUUUACCAUGUUCUAACGACAAUCGAUCGUAUAUUUUCAUAAUAAAAUCAGCAUACCU